AUUCCGAGCGGUGGUUAGUUUUUUCACUAACCACUACUUGAGCACAGUUUUCUUUUCCUUUUCUUCUUCUUCUUUUUUUUUUUUUAAGGAACAAGCUGUUAAUCCGAGUGACACCCACUUGCAACGGCACCUCGGAUCUCCCGAGGCGCUUCUGGAUAAGGCAGCACCAGCCUCGGGGACCUGGGACAUCCGGCGCCGACCCCCGAGGUUUCCCGGAAAGGCGGGCGCGCUGGGCCCCGCGUUGCGGCGCUCGACGGGCCGAGGCAGGGAAUCAUGGCAGCUGAUGAAGAUGACAAAAAACAAAUUCUUCAGAAGCAUUGGCUAGAUGAAGAAUUUAUGAAAGAUGAACAAAAUGAGAGAUUAAUUGAAGAAAUUGCAAAGGAAAAUAAUCAGUUAAAGGAGGAGAUUCAAAAGCUUGAAGCUGAGUUGCAAGAGGCCACCAGAAACUCCCAGAUUAAAGAGGAUAUUCCCGACACAAAGGUGAAAUUCACAUCUGCAGAGAAUUCUGAGGAUGACAGUCAGUUUUUAAAUGUCUCCUGCUCCUUUCAAGUGAACUCGCAAGUUCCUUAUGAGCUACAAAAAGGACAAGCGCUUAUCACCUUUGAAAAAGAAGAAGUUGCCCAAAAUGUGAUCAGAAUGGGGAAACAUCAUGUGCAGAUGGAGGAUAUAUAUGUGGAGGUUAUGGCCAAGCCGGUUCCAUUAAAGUCAGGAGUCAGAUUCCAGGUUUAUGUAGAAAUAUCUAAAGUGAAGAUCAAUGUUACUGAAAUUCCUGAUGAAUUGCCUGAAAAUCAGAUGAGAGACAAGCUAGAACUGAGCUUUUGUAAGUCCCGACACGGAGGUGGAGAAGUGGAAAGCGUGGAGUAUGAUAUGCGGUCUGGAAGUGCUGUCAUCACAUUUGUGGAAACUGGAGUUGCUGACAAGAUUUUGAAAAAGAAAGAUUAUCCUCUUUAUACAGACCAUAACUGCCAUAGAGUUAUUGUUUCUCCAUACAUAGAAAAACACUUGAAAAAAUUUCAGGUAUUUUCAGGAGUAUCUAAGAGGACGGUGCUUCUGACUGGAAUGGAAGACCUUGAUACGAUGGAUGAAGAAAUCGUGGAGGAUUUAAUUAGCAUUCACUUUCAACGGGAGAAGAAUGGAGGUGGCGAAGUCGAAGUGGUCAGGUGUUCUUUAGGUCGACCUCACGUGGCGUACUUUGAAGAAUAGACUCACGGGAUCCUAAGAAAAUUAGAGCUUCUGAGCCCAAAUCACUGUCAGUGUUUGACAAAAAUGAAUAUCCUUUUCUUUAAAAAAAUGAAAAUUUUAAUUCUUUACUAACCAUUUAUUCUUACAUGCAAAGUAUAUUUCCAUGUUUUUGAAGGCUUCUUUGUUUCAAACUGUGCUGCAUGUUUACGAAAGCAAUAAAUGCACUGUAUUAAAAAGAGUUUUGUUCCUAAAUUAUGUGGAUU